CUAUUCGUGCCAAUCUGGCUGCCAAUACCCUCUGGCUUCUUACCAAGUGCGGCGUUCGCUGGUAAAAAUAAACUUUUACCAAAUCCUUUAGUUUGUGAAGUUCGUAAAGUUAGUGUGAAAUGAGUAGAGUGCCUAACCGACCCAACGUGAAGUUGGCUAAACUUUGGUACAAAUACAGGACGGAACCUAAAGAGAAAGUUGAGGAAAAACCUGAAGAAGAGGUUCCUCAAGAAACAAAGGAAUAUGAAUCGUAUCCUCCAUACAAUUUCUCGUGGUUCAUUGAAAACAAGAUCGCGGCUAUGGGUUUCCCCCAAACGGUGGAAAAUCUGAACUAUCUCGCGGACGUAGGAGUCAAUCACCUGAUCACGCUGUCACCAGAGAGAAUCCCGCCAAUUCUGGAGUGCGAGAAAAAAAUGAAAUGGUCAGAGAUUAGGAUAAAGGAGUUCGGUGUUCCAAGUUUGAAGCAGAUUCUGAAAUUUAUUGAAAUAUGCGAACGAGCUGAAAUGAGGGGAGAGGUAAUAGGCGUCCAUUGCCGCCAGGGGCGAGGACGUACGGGCACCAUGCUGGCCUGCUAUCUGGUGCACUUCAAGGGAAUGGCUCCGGAGAGAGCUGUGCUUACCGUCAGGGUGCAGAGACCAGGAUCCUGCGAAACCUACGAGCAAGAAAAAGUAGUAUGCCACUACCACGACUGCCUUCGAGGAACCAUAGACAAACCCGACUACAGACUAGUAGACGACAAAGUUUACUUCAAUUUCUCUAUGAAAUACUUAUACACCGACGAAGAUUUUCGUAAGAAAAAAGAAGAAAUGGAGACGCCAGAAAAUGAUGAAGAAGCUGGUGACCUUAAAAUUGUCAAACUCGGAGACCCUAAAGAAGAGAAACACGUUAAAAUAAAAAUUCCACGAAAAAAAACAAAUGCAAUGGUGAUCAAUCAUAAGAUUUAUUUUUGAAUUUUAGUAUUUACAAUUUUUUUUCGUAAUUAAAAUAUAUUGCAGGUUUUUGUUUGGUUCACAUGUAUAUUUUUGUAAAAAGUGGAUAUUAAAAUUAUGUUUCGCAAUUGAUUUUUCCAAUGAAAAGAGUCCUACUUCCAGACGUGUUCUGAGUAUUUCGUGAACCUAAUUGUGAAAUGCUUAUGUACCUUAUAUUCCAAAAAGUCGUUCUCGUCAAAUUCAAUAAUGAUAUACUCUCUGCAAAUUCACUAUCUGCGAAUCUUAUCGCCAUGAAGUUUGUCAAAAACGGAAUUUAUACUGCUAUAGUAUAUAAUAGAAAUUAUGGUGUUAUACCAAGCUACACAGUUAUUAUGCGUAUUUAAAAGAAGUUAAUAAAUAACAUAAAUUGUUCUCCAAUAAAACAAAUAUAUAAUAAUGAAAA